UCUCCAGAUUGAACGCAUACCCCGGCCCCUCCCCUCUCCUAGACCAAAGCCCCAGCAAGAGAGACUAUGGCAACCACCAGCCAUGUCACCGUCCACGACAUCCGUCGUGCGCAGCGUGCAGACACCACCGCCGCCGUGCUGGCCAUCGGCACCGCGAACCCGGUCACCUGCAUCUCCCAAGCCGACUACCCCGACUACUACUUCCGUAUCACCAACACAGAGCACCUCACUGACCUCAAACGCAAACUCAACAACCUAUGCCAGGCAUCAGGCGCCGACAAGCGUUUCUUCCACCACAACGAGGAGAUGAUUGCCGCGCACCCGGAGUUCCUCGACCGCGCCACGCCGUCGCUGGACGCCCGGCUGGACAUCGCCGCCGCCGCGGGGCCGGAGCUCGCGGCGCAGGCGGCGGAGAGGGCCAUCGUCCGGUGGGGCCGCCCCGCGGCCGACAUCACCCACCUCGUCGUGGCCACCAACGCGGGCGCGCAGGCCCCGGGCGCGGACCACCGCCUCGCCUCGCUCCUCGGCCUCCGCCCCACCGUGCGCCGCACCAUGCUCCACCUCAGCGGCUGCUCCGCGGGCGCCGCCGCGCUGCGCCUCGCCAAGGACCUCGCCGAGAACAGCCGCGGCGCGCGCGUCCUCGUCGCCUGCGUCGAGCUCAACGUCGUCGCGUUCCAUGGCCUCAAGGAGGACUACCCCCAGACGCUCACCUGCCAGGGACUGUUCGGCGACGGCGCCGGCGCGGUCAUCGUCGGCGCCGAUGCCGUGCGCCCCGUCGAGCGCCCGCUCUUCGAGAUGGUCGCCGUGUCGCAGGCCGUGAUCCCGGGAACGGAGCACGCCCUCAACAUGCGGCUCACGGAGCACGGCCUCGACGGCCACGUCUCCAUCAAGGACCUCAUACCUCUAGCGGCGGCCAACGCCGACGAGCUCCUGUCCGACGCGUUCCGGCAGCUCGGCCUCGCCGGCGUCGAAUGGAACGAUCUCUUCUGGGUGGUGCACCCUGGAGCCCCGUCGAUCUUGGACCAAAUCGAGAGCGCUCUCCGGCUGGAGCCCGGGAAGCUGGCGGCGAGCCGGAAGGUGCUAAGGGAGUACGGCAACAUGCUGGGCAGCACGCUGAUCUUCGUGCUCGACGAGCAGCGGCGGCGGAUGGAGGAGGAAGAAGGCGGUCGAUCAGCUGAGUGGGGGGUGAUGAUGGGGUUUGGACCUGGUUUCACCAUUGAGACCAUGGUGUUGCACUUGCCUGAAUGCCCUAAAGAACAGUAAAUAAGAAUUUGCAUCGCCUACAUCAAGGUAAUUGAUCAAUAAAUAAAUUAAUCAAGAAGUCGUUGAACACAAACUUAUACUUAUAGUCCUUCUUUGGUCAUCAAAUUGUUGGUUUUCUAUCCGUGAUGUCAGCUGUAAUCUAAGGAGUGCAUGCGCAUGUACGAAGUUGUUGCAAACUCUUGUGUCACAUGUCACCUCUUUUUAUAUUAUUUCAUGCAUAUAUUGCCUAGUUUUGUAAUAAAAUCCUUGUAUCCGGCCGUGGACA